UUUUUCUGUUCUCCCAGGCACCAGGCAUGUGAAUGAGGAUUGAGUUCUUUCACACUAUCAUACCUCAUGUGUUGAGUUCUUUUGUGUUGUGUGUAUGGACUGUGUUGAGCGUUGAGAAAGCUAGACAUGCCAAAACGGAAGAGAGCUGACUCCCCGAGUCAGGGAGAAGAGGAAGAUUCCAGUGAUGCUGCCUCCACUACUGUCUCUGAGCAAACACCCGUGCUGCGAAAGAGGAGACGACCUGAUGCGCAUGAAAUAUGCCAGGAGCUCCUGGAUGUAAUACGGAAUCAUCGGAGUGAAGAGGGAAAGCAUCUUUGUGAUUACUUCAUGAGGGCUCCAAAACGACGAAGUUUUCCUGAUUAUCAUGAGACAAUUAGCAAUCCCAUUGAUCUGUCACGCAUUCAACAGAAGCUGCGCUCCGAUGAGUAUGAAAGUGUGACAUCUUUCAUCGAUGACAUUGAACUCAUGUUCAACAAUGCCAAGAGUUACUAUAAGAAACAAACCGAGGAGCACAAAGCAGCCACAGAACUGUCUGAGGUCUUCCGAACAGCCCAGGCCAACCUUGAUAAAGAUGAAGAACCUCGAGGGAGGCUCAUUCUCAACUGGAAGAAGCUUACAAAGAAAGCUGCUGCAGCAGCAGUGUCAGGUGAGGAUGCAUCUGAGGAGACAGAAUCUGUGACCAGCAACACAACUAAUGAAGCAGAGGAAGAGAAAUUAGAGAAUCUUUUGGAGGAACUCCUGGUAGCUGUCAUGGAAGCUGUUGAUACUGAAGGGCGAAACCUCUCUGUUCCUUUCCAACUUCUGCCCAGUCGAAAGCAUUACCCUUCCUACUACAGGGUGAUUGAGAAUCCAGUUGACCUGAAACGCAUUGCAAUGAAGAUUCAGGGGAAAGAGUAUGCUUCCCUGGCUGAGAUGGAAAAGGAUCUUCAGUUAAUGGUGAAGAAUGCAUGCACGUUUAACCAGCCAGGAUCCCAAAUCUUCAAUGAUGCCAAGACACUGAAGAAGGUUAUCCAGAAUCGACGUGCAGAGCUAGAGCAAGGAAAGGUGGUGGGAACACCUGGGAAGUACAGUGAUUCUGAUGUGGAGUCUGAGGGAGAAUCUGGGUCAGAGAGUGAAGAUGUAGAUGAUGACAGCCCUCAGAUUGAGCUCUAUGAUGCAGUGGCUAAUUAUUCUCAAGGCGGUUAUGAGCUAUCUGAACCCUUCCAACGCCUACCAUCCAAGCGCUACUAUCCUGACUAUUGGAGAGAGAUCAAGAACCCCAUGUCCAUGCAUAAGAUUAAGACUAAAAUUAAGAAUGGGGCAUAUGGCACCAUGAGUGAAGUGGCUGGAGACUUCAACGUCAUGUUUGAGAAUGCCAAACAGUAUAAUCGACCUGAUUCCCGCAUGUACAAGGAUGCAGUGAAACUGCAGAAGAUUAUGCAGACUAAACUUCAGGAGCUCCUUGAACUGGAGGGAUCCUUGAGUGAAGAGGGUGAAGAUGGAUCUCGGAAGGGGAAAAAGCUAACACGAACACAGAGGCAGGCUCUUCUGCUCAAGAAGAGGCUUAAGCUGUUGGUCAAGUCUAUCAUCGACUAUUCGGAUGAGAAUGGUCGUCAGCUGAUCGUGGUAUUCAUGGAGAAGCCUUCAAGAAAAAGUUACCCAGAUUACUAUCAGGUAAUCUCAGAUCCUAUUGACAUGAUGACCAUCGAAGCCAAUGUUAAGAAUGAUAAGUACAAGUCUGUCCAGGAGUUCGUGUCCGACUGCAAGCUGAUGUUUAAUAACUGCAGGGAAUACAAUGAGGAAGGAUCUGUGAUCUAUCAGGAUGCUGUGAUUCUGGAGAAGGUUCUCAUGCAAAAAGUGGAGGAAAUGGAGGGGAAUGGAGUUGAGAUCGCUACUCCAGAUAAAACCAAGAAAAUGAAGAGGAAGAGAAGUUCAGCGACUCUGCAGAAGAUGUGGACAUUAUAUGAGGCCAUUCGGGAAUUCACAGACCCCAAGACAAGCCGUCAACUAUCAACCAUUUUCCAAAAACUCCCAUCCAGAACAGAGUACCCUGAUUACUAUGAGGUUAUCAGACACCCAAUAGACAUGGACAAGAUCUCACAGCGCAUUCGCAAUGCAUACUAUCUCACACUGGAUGAACUCCUCUCAGAUCUUCUCCUCAUGUUUGACAAUGCUUGCAAAUUCAAUGAACCAGACUCUCAAAUUUACAAGGAUGCUCUGACACUACAGCGAUUGGCCCUUCAAAAGAAGUUGCAGUUGUCUGAGGAUGAGUCCCUGGUACCUGAUGUGCGGGCUGCCAUCCAGGAACUGCUAAUGUCUCUUUUUAUCUCCAUCUAUAAUCACACUGAUGAAGAGGGAAGAUGCUUCUCAGAUUCCUUGCAGGAAGUCCCUGAGUAUGACACAAUGGCUGAUGGCACCAAGGUGCGAGCCCUGUCCCUGGACAUGAUUAAGAGGUUCCUGGACAAAGGUCUCUAUCGCCGUCUGGAUCGCUUCCAAGAAGACGUAUUUGCAGUACUGGAACGUGCACGACGCCUCUCUCGCACUGAUUCUCAGGUCUUUGAGGACUCCAUUGAGCUGCAGUCUUUCUUCCUCACUCAACGAGAUGAGCUGAGUGGAGUUUUGAAGUCAAGUGCAUUCCGGUAUACAAAGCAGCACUUGGCUUCACAAGUAGCUGUUCUGCGAAGUGAGAAAAUCCCCCUUGAGCAGCGCGAAGAUGAAGCUGACACUCAGCAGAAGCAGGAAAAGGAAGAGCAAAUCAAGAUGGAAACGCUGGAGUCAACAGGAACUGAAUUCCGCAUCAAUGGGGAAGUGUACCAUGUGGGGGACUAUGUGUAUAUUGAGCCUCGUGAAAAGGGCAUGGAGCCACAUAUUCUCCUCAUUGAGAAACUCUUCCAGGAGGAAAACCAGCUCUGCUUUUAUGGGAAUUGCUCAAUCCCAGUGAAUCAGGUACGAGGGAAAUGCUGGGUGAUGUAUGUGAAAGAUUACUACAAAUUACACCCAGAGGGCUUUGAGGACAAAGACAUCUAUGUGUGUGAAAGCCGCUACUCCUCCCGCAACCGCAUGUUCAAGAAGCUUGUUAAGUGGAGGGAUCAUCGAACCCCACUACAGGACCACGUGAAGAUCGUGCAGCGGGAUGUCCAUCUGGAGCCUAAACGGGUCCUAUCAGUAUUCAAAGAACGAGUGGAGAAGCAUAAGGAAGAGAUCGCUGAGCUGGAAGAGGGCGAGGCAAGAUUUUCUCAGAAAUCAAUAUCGAAUGUGAUUCUGGAAGUGGAGAAUGCAAUGGAGGGCUGCAUUUACUAUGAGCAGUACAACAUCCCUGUGGGACAUGUGAAGCUUGGGGAUUGUGUAUAUGUUAGAGCUGAAAAUGGGAAGCAACUCAUUGCUCAGAUUGACUCCAUGUGGGUCACUGAAGAAGGGAUGGCCUACUUUCAUGGACCAUGGUUUGUGACACCACCAGAGAUCUCCAACCCACCAAGUCGGGUCUUUUACAAGCAGGAGGUGUUCUUGUCAUCAAUUGAGGACACAAAUCCUCUCCUGGCAAUCAUGGGAAAGUGUUCUGUCUUGGACCAUGACCAUUAUACUACCAGUCGGCCAACAGAGAUUGAUGAGGGUGAUGUUUACAUAUGUGAGUCCAUGUAUGAGGAGGGGAAACAGCUGAUCAAGAAGCUCAAGGAUGGUCUCAAGGUUUAUACACAUUCCCAUCGUGUUCAUGCUGAUGAGAUCUACUACUUCCGCCGUCCUCUUCAGCUUUACAAGGUGGAUAUAGUUACUGGAGAGAUGUAUCCAGCCCAUGGGCAGCAGCAACAGCAUCAGGGGCCCCAUGCCCACAAUCCUCAUGGGAUUCAUGGCCAGGAAUUUGAGCGAAUGCUGGCUUCUGGAGUUGGAACAAAUGAGGAGAGUUUGCUUGACAUGGAGGAUUCUCUGGAUGGUGCCCUUGCCCCAUCAGUGGGAUCCACUGAUACCUUGGUCCAUACCCCAUUGAGUGGAAGCCUGACUCAGCCCUCCACUCCCAAUCCUCAGUCCUCUGCCAAGAAGGUGAACCAGCCAAAGCAGCCUCAGCGAAAGCAGGUCACAGGAUACAUUAUCUACUCAAGUGAAAUCCGUCGCAGUGUUGCUGAGAAGUAUCCUACCUCCAGCUUUGGCGAGAUCUCCCGCAUUGUUGGCAAUGAUUGGAGGAACCUGCCAGACUCAACGAAAAAGGAGUAUGAAGAGCGAGCUGCAAAAAUCAAUGAGGAGAAUGCAGCCGCAGUUUUAUUGGCACAGCAGGAAAAUGCUUAUGGAAAUACUGGAUCACCUGCUGAUCCAACACAUGAGGUGAUCUAUGAUUGUCACUGGGACAAGUGUGACCAGCAAUUUACAGACAUUGCUGAACUCACUGAUCAUCUCAUUGCUGAGACCCAUGGCCAUGUUUUCCUCAGCUUCCCUGAACCUGGGAUGAGCACAUAUAGCAACGGAGGGAUGACCAUCACUGCGAAGCCAACUGAGCCCCUUUUUGUCACUCCUCCCAGACCAAAUCGCCUCCUCCACACUGAAGCAUACAUCAGGUACAUAGAGUCUCUGUCCUCAGAGAACAAGCCAAUGUCGGACUGGGACCGGCUCCUCACACCAAGCUGGAAUCUCCCUCCAGAAUACCUGAAUCCUCCUGACCCAUCUCGACUCCCUACUGACUGGCUGAGGAAUGGCGCCGGGAAUCACGGGAAUGUUGUCAAUGCCCUUUGGGCCCUUAGGGAUUUCAUGCUUCAGGAUGCCCUCUGCCUCUCCAAACUUUCAAAGGGAUUGGAGGAGGCUGAGCAAUGGUUGGCCUUCACGAAGCAGUUUGAACCUGAUGUACAGAUUCUUAAUACAGCAUUGAUCUUCUUCUGGUCUAUAGCCCAGGAGUGGUGCAUAAGGAAUGGAUUUGAGUUGGUGGAACUGGAUCCUGCCCCUUCAGCAGACAACGAUGAAGUUGAAGAUGCUGAAGAAGGGUUAUUCCAAGGGAGUUGUGGAAUCCCCAGGAUAUUCCAAGCCCUCAAUGCCCACAUUUGGCCUAAUCUGCAAAUGAAAAUGGGUGGAGAACAAAAAAAGGCAGAAUCAACAGAGGGAAAGGAAGAAGCAGAGGCAAUGGCAUCCAUUCAGGCCCAUAGAGAGAAAGAAGGCAAGUUCUCUGUUUCUGCAGAAAGGAGUGAGGGAUCCUUUGAGAACCUUUUCAUGAAUUUGAGGGAAAUGAAGGAGCGGUGCCAGGAACUACCAAGUGAAGAACGCAAGGCUUAUGCGGAAAAAGUUGUCCUUGCCUUCUGGAAUGCCAUGGGAUUGCCCCCUGAUGACCCUGACCUCCACUUCUCUGACCUGGAUCCCCCAACAUGA